CUCGGUGUGGAGAGGUAGCGCGCAUAGCGGGGCAGGGGCUGCUGUAUCGCUGAGCAGCGGACACUCGUGUAAGUGCUGCAUGCCGGGCGUCCUGGCUGGAUGACCCUUCCGGGGACCCGUUGUUUUCCGACUUCUUUGUGCUAAACUUCAUGUUGCUUCUUCAGUGGUCACUUCCUGUGGAGUUUGUUGCUGCUCGCACUUUGUGGGCGCUCUGCGGACUUCUCAUGUAGCGCUCGCUCUCCGUUUGAAGAGGAGUUGUCAGGAUUUCCUGGUACAAAAGCUGGUGAGCAUCUGCAGCAUGGAUUGGAGUAGAAGAAACUCAAGUGGGGCAGUUGCCCAUCCUAACAACCAGCAGUAUUUGCCACAGUCUACCUCAUCCACAGUCCCCACAAUAUCGAGCCAGAUGGCAUAUGUGCCACCAAAUGCCUACAAUCCUGCUGAGACGUUUGUGACGAAAAGUUGCAAUAGUCUUCUUCUGAAAGGUCUGCUGGGUGCUAAUUCCACUGAAGAAAUAUUAAAGAUUCAGCAGUCUGCUUUGUUGAAAAGGCCAGUGCAACAGACCAUGCAGGUUUCACCAGGACAGUAUAAUUCUUCAUGCAAUGCGCUGCAUAAGACAACUACUGCCACAAACCAUCAAAGUAAUCUUAAUGUUCAGAACCCUGUGGUAUCAAUUUUUCCAACACAAUUUUAUCCAAACUAUCUUCUGCAGACUGUGCAGCAGGCUCAGCCGACACCUGUGGUCCAGCAACAGGCUCAGCCAGCGCCCAUGGUCCAGCAGCAGACUCAUCCGGCACCCGUUGUCCAACAGCAAGUUCAUCCGGUGCAGUGCUAUGGUGCCAAUGGACACAAUUCCAGGGAAGUUCAACAGUCUCUGCAAAGCUUACAAAGUGGUGGAUAUUCACAGAAAAGGGCAUAUCAACAGAUGUCGAAUUCUUAUGCUGCUGAAAAACAGAGUCAAAAUGUUCAGAUGGGUUACCGGACAAUUAUGCCAAAACAAAACUCUGUAGCUAUGCACUCUGUCUCACCUGGAAGCUCUGCUCAAAAUGCUGGGUCCUACAAAGGGUUGAAUGACAAAAAUGUUCCUGUUUCAUCCGCAAAUUAUCAAUAUGGACAAAAUAUUCAGAACCAGAUAGGAUCAAAUUCCCAGACAUUAUCCCUUACAAAUACGCUACAGCCAAAGCAGGACAUGAAUGGGCCAAGUCCUCAAAAACAAAUGAUGCCAAAUUUACAUUCUGGCUUUCCCAACAAUCCUCCUUCUAACAGUUUGCCAUCAUGUACUGUUGGGCAAACGCCAUCUUUAUAUUCUCAAUCCAAUACAAAUGUUAACAAUGUUACUGUAAACCAGCAAUUUUCUAAUGCAAACCAAAACUUUGUUGCACAAAAUGUUCAACAGCUCGCACAGUCAUAUACAGUGCCACAGGAACAGCAUUCUGUGGGCGCACAACCCCCACCCUACAGUGGACAUGUACCACAGGACCAAAGACUUAAUGUGCCAGAUAUUCUUGCAUUGUUACAUGUGUAUCAAAAUGUCAAACAAAAGUAUUUAUUACUCAACCGAGAGAAUAACCUUUUGAGACAGAAAAUGCAGAGUUCCUCGCAGAAUAAUUCUGGUUCUUGUACUGUAAGACCACCACUAAUUUCUAGCCUCUCAAACAGUACAGAUCCCACCAAUGACUUUAUAGGUCAACAGGUUUCACAAAAUUCAACUUUGCAAAGCCAUCCUCCAUCAAAUACUACACAUGGUGUGCAGAACCCUAGUUUGCAUGAUGCUUCUGUAAAUAUUCCUGUCCAGGAUAUCUCACAACCAAGCAAUUCCUUUUCUAAUCGUGCAUACCCAACUAAUAACAGUGAUGUUGUUGGAAAUCAGAAAAAUUAUACCAGACAGAUUAAUGUUCAAAACAGUGCAAAUUCCCAUGGGCAAGCCAUAGGAUCUGAGACUUUGAGAGUCCAGGACCCUAAAGAAAAUACAAUGGUAUCUAUACAGUCAAAUAACCAAUACCUUUCGUGUGCCAAUUCCAGCAAUGGGAACCUUUCACAAAGCAGACUGCAUAUAACUUCUAUCCAAAACCUCGGUCAAAUGACUCCAGCAUCAUCUGAAAGUUAUCUUAAUCAUACAACAAACGUUGAUAAUUUUUAUGCUAACAAGCCUCUAUCAUCUAGUUCAAGAGAAGCCAUCAAAGCUUCUUUGCCUCUCUGGAAAUCUGUUCCUCAAAGCUCCGCUCCGACUAAAAGUGAUUCAGAAUCAAGACAACACAUUAAUAGCCUUAAUUCCGUUAAUCUUUUACAAGAAAUUGCUACCAGCCCUGUAAAUGAGCCCCCAGUUACACUGGCUCAGAAACCUGAGCAUGUUUCAAAGGGUAAUGAGCGUCAGGUUGGUGUUGUACCUCCACUGGUACAGAUAAAGGAAUUAGUAAAUCAAUUUAACCAGUUGCCCAAAAUUGUUCCCCAAGAUGAAGUUUUGACUAGCAAUCGUGUCAAUGGAUUCAAAGAAAAUGACUGUUUUAGAAAAGUGCAUCUACCAUUUGAGUCUGUAGAUGCCACUGCCAUCAUGAAUAAUCUUAAUGACGUCCGAGCUAGAAGCAAUAUGAUUUCGUCAUCCCCUAGUAAAGCUGACCAGAACUCUACUGAAAAUAUGGAAACUGUGGAUGAAAACUUGCAAAUUUCUGGGAUAUGUACUCUGGUGAAAGGGAACUCUCUCUAUGAUUCCUCCAUAGCCAUGAUGUUUGAAGGUUCUUUGCAAAUGCGACCUGACUCGCAACUGGCAAUAAAUGAUCCAAAGGAUGACUUUACACUUAAGUGUUCUCAGGAGGUCUUCAAUAUAUCUGGUGCCUCCCAGGCCACAGAUUGUGUAUCUCCUACCACAGAAACAGAAGCCAUUAAAUCAGAAACUCCAUGUCAUUUUAAGUCUCCUGCCAACAUCGAAGAUAAUCAGCAGGCAGCAAAUGAUUGCCUUGGAUUACAAUCUGAACCGAAUUUGUCUGUAUCUGAUGUAUUUGAUUUAGAAUCCAACACUGUAUCUGACCAGCUGUCUGAGCUGCUAACAGAGUUUCCCUUUGGAAUUAAAAAUUACAUGUCUGAAAAUGAACAUGACAGUAUUGCCAUAUCUUUACCGAAGCUUAAAGAAAAACUUGAAAUUCCACAAACAUCAAUAUCCUUUUCUUAUGGCAGUAAAAGUGAUGGGUCCAUCGAGGACACACAGACAGAGUGUGCUGUUGACACUUUUACCAAAGAAAUUGUAUCUGAGAGUACUGAGGUUAUUGAACAACAGUCUAUAGAUAUGAGUGUGCCUACACCUGAACUUCCUAGUGAUGAGGAGACUUCUCUACAACUAGAGGAUGACUGUUUUGAGAUUUCUGAUAGUCCAGAUAGCAAUAUACAUAUUACUUUACUCGAUCAGGCUGAAAUCCCUAAGCUUUUUCCAAUUGAUUCUGAUAAACCUAUACAGCAUGGUGAAGAUUCUGGUGAAGGUUCUUCGGAUGAGCAUUAUGUGAAAGAGUCUAAAGCACUUGUGGUGGAUGUUGCAGUAAGUUCCAUAAAAGAGAAAUCUGAAGAAGAGACUACAUCCGUCCCAGAUAAGGAACUGUUCUGUUGUUUGUUCAGUUGGUUAACCCACACAAAUGGAAAUGCACCAAAAUGCAAUUGCAAGUUUACAGAACUGGAAGAGAUGCAAGAUUUAGCCAACAAAUUUUCCAAACAUACUGCAGUGGUUAAGAAUGAACCCUUGACAGAUGGGCUUGACACCUCAACAGAUGGUCUCAAACCCUCCUCUCCAUGCCCUUUCAAAAUGCAACCUAAUGAAAUAAAAAAUGAUGAAAUACUUCCACAAGUUAGUAAGUAUCCAAAGCUUGAACCAAUCAAGAUUUCUUUAGAAAGUAAACAUGGUCCAUGUAUUAUCAGAAGCCGUUCCAAAGAAGAGAUCCAAUCAAAGCUGGGUUUAUGUAAAACUAAUCUUGAAGAUCAAUCUCGGAAGGAAUUAAUCAAAAAUGACACCUUGACGAGUGAAAACAUUCUCCAGGCAAAAGAUCAGUUGGAGGACCCCAACACUAAGGGAGCCCAAGACCCUUUAUCAGGUUGUAAGUCAAAAAUGGAUCCAUGGAAGUCGGAGAAACUUAUUGUCAGAACAGAUUUUCUGAAAAACAAGCAUUUGUUGAAAAUGAAGAGGAAAUAUAAAGAAAUGAAGACUGCUCGUGUUGAAGAAGGUGUUGCCAGAAAUGUCCAUAAGAUUAACAAAAAUACAAAAGUGGGUGAUUCAGUGAAGGCCCUUAACAUGGCCCGUAUAAUUGGAGAUGAAGCCAAUAAUGAGAAAUGUAAACUUCCUGCUAGAAUAGUUCAGCCAUCUGUGAGUAGUAACAAUAAGCUUAAGUCAUCCAGUAGUUCGGACAAGUCGCAUUCCCAUAACAAAGCUCCUUCUCUGGGCAAGUGUAAAGUAAGGGUUAAAAAUCGAUCUGAGAGUCAUUAUGAAAAGGUAAAGAAGGUUCCAACUGUACAAGAAUACCUAGAAAGAAAAAGAGAGCUCUGCAACAACAGACCAGAGCCGAAAGUGGAUAAAAGAGAUGAGUCACCUAAAGUAAGGCAUAGGGUUGUUGAGAGAAAUGAAAAUGGUUCACUAGCUACACUAAUACCUCCAGCUAAAAUAGAUGUAAAAACAAAGAACAUUGAGUCGGAAGCCCAUUACCAAGCCCAAAAAGGCCAGCCAAAGACCAGUAGAGUGUAUAAGUCUUUGCACAAAAAACACAGAGAUCCAGCAGGUAGUCAUGGGAAAAAAUCAUUGAUAAACAGAGGACUUGACCAGAAAACCACUUCCAGUAGAGAAAAAAUCUACUUGUCACCUCUGGAUGGAUCAAGACUGGCUUCUUAUGAAGGUAUAAGUCUAACCAAACUUCAGAUUAGACACUCUCCUGAAAAAAAGGAAUAUUUUGACAGGAGGAAGUCACUGGAUAGUUCUGUGCAUAGUAAGCAGUCACAGUCUGACCAAAGUCGUGCCAAGAACAGAGAAACUCCAAAAAUGCUCGAGUUCAAAUUAUGUCCAGAAUUUGGUAACAGAAGUCCAUCCACACAAGAGAAAAAAGGGGAGCUGAAGGCUACUAAAGAGAAAAGCGUAGUAGAAGGUAUUAAAAGCAAAAAAGAAGCAUGGUGCAGUAGUGUACCUUUUAAGAAGCGCCGAAUGGAUACCAGCUUUGAGGAUCAGGGUUGUCAAAGUCCAUCUCUAUUAUCUGCCUUUAAGUCAGCUCAGAAGAAUUUGAAGCCAGUACAAGACUCUCAAACAACAUUCAAUGUUUUCAGGCAGAUGUAUCAUGAAAAGAGAAGUAAAAGCCUUGAUAGCAGCCUAUGAUGUCAUGGAUUACUUGUCUUUACAGUUUAAUUGCCUACAAUAUCGUUGGGCUUACUAGAAAAAAUAAAUUUAUGGUCCCCAAAAACAUGAAUUCCGUCGAUUAAAGUAUUACGUUUUGCUGAACAAUGAGAAAAGGUUCUGUGUUUUUUUAUUUUUUUUCCUGAGAUGGCUAUUCUGACUGCCCUAUCUGCACUUUCCCCCAAAUAUUGUCUUAUUGUACAGAGCCCGUGUAAGAGCACGGAUUGCAUUACCUUCCAUAAUUCACACUUCUGAGCAUUAACUGGUGGUGCUUAUUUUGUUGCUGCUAUUAUGAUUGUAAAGGUUUUUCUUUUUCUUUAUUUUUUUUUUUUUACUAUGUUCAGCAGAACAAGAUUUUCUACAUUUUGUACUUUGUUUUGGCUGUCUGUUCUAUGUUAAUGUCUUUGGGAUAUUUUGUAAAUUUCUUGCAACUUUGCACUAUUGAUUUUGUUACAUGUCCCAAGGACAGAUUUUGUAGUAUGUACUUUGUUUACAUUUCAGUACUUCGAUUAAACAUUAUUUUUUUUUA